AUGGAACAGCGUGACCCGAGCGACUAUAGAAUUGGAUGGAUUUGCGCACUACCUCUGGAAUUUACAGCUGCUGUCGCAGUCCUCGAUGCGGUCCACCCGGACCUUCCCCACGAUGAAAACGACACCAACGCGUACAGGUUCGGUCAAGUGGGUCAGCAAAAUGUUAUUGUUGCGGGUUUACCCUCUGGAGUCUACGGACUGACGUCUGCAGCAAGGGUUGCAACAAAUUUGCGACGAAGCUUUCCGUCGGUAAAAUAUUGCUUGGUUGUUGGAAUCGGGGGAGGCGCCCCGAUUUUACCAAAGAACGAUAUCCGUUUGGGAGAUGUUGUCGUAAGCCACCCCAUCCCGGGUUGUGGGGGUGUAUUGCAAUACGACUAUGGGAAGCUUGUGAACACUGGGAAAUUCGAGCAGACAGGCGUGUUAAACAAACCGCCGGAUAUAUUUCUUUCGGCAAUCACAAAGUUCAAAUCGGCAUACCCGCCGCCUGGCAAAGAAAUAGAAGAAUUUGUCUCAAGGGUGCUGAACAGCGGCUCAGUUGACUCAAAAAUGUUCUCUCGCCCAUCCCCCGAAAGUCACUGCGACAGGCUUUUCAAAGAGUCCUACGAACAUUUUUCAGGUGAUGAAACCUGUUAUCAUUGUGAUCUGGAUAUGGUUGUAGAAAGACCUCCCCGCUCGUCAAACCAACCUGAAAUUCACUACGGCCUUAUCGCGUCUGCCAACCAGGUCAUGAAACAUGGGGCUACCCGUAGCCGCCUCAGUGAAGAGAGAAACAUCCUAUGCUUUGAAAUGGAAGCAGCUGGCGUUAUGGAUCAGAUUCCAUCCUUAAUAAUCCGGGGCAUCUGCGACUAUUCAGAUAGCCACAAGAACAAAGCGUGGCAGCACUACGCUGCGCUAGUAGCUGCAGGAUAUGCGAAAGAAUUACUACUUCAGCUAGGACCUCCGCAGACUUCUAAGAAGCGAAAGAACCGUGAAGAUGACACUAUAGAAACAAAAGAUAUAUUCGAGUGCUUGGAAGCUCUUGGUGGGACGAACCCUACAGAUGAUAAAAACAGAAUAGAGAGCUCGAAAGACAAGCCUAUUGGUGAUUCUAUAUCGUGGAUCUUGAAUGGCCAAAACUUUAAGCAAUGGCUUGCAAUCAAAGAUAAGCCCAUUCUGCGGAUUUCUGGAGAUCCUGGUAAAGGGAAAACAAUGAUCAUGAUUAGCCUGAUUGACCACAUGACGGAGAUGUUUGAUCGAGAUACCGGUAGCAAGAUCGCUAUAUCUUACUUUUUCUGCCAAGCUACCGACAGCCGUCUGAAUAACGCAUUGGCUGUAGUGAAGGGUUUACUGUCCCAACUCAUCUCGAAUCCACGAUACCCAAGCCUUGUUCGGUAUCUUAAGUCGGAGAUUGAUAUACGAGGCAAAAACUAUUUCGAGGAUCCGAAUGCAUUUUAUGCUCUAGAGCGGAUACUAUUAAAUGUCUGCGCUGACCCGCAAUACAAUACUUUCUACUUUUUAGUAGACGCUUUAGACGAGUGCAUAGGAGACCUCGAUAGACUGUUGAAGUUAAUUUGCUCAACUUGCGCGAAAGCAAGUAGAAUUCGUUGGCUAGUUACCAGUCGAAAUCGCCCGGAGAUUGAAGCCCAAUUUGAAUACGCUGGACUUCAACUCCAAAUCAGCCUAGAAGAGCACGGUGAGCAAAUCAAUACGACGGUCGAAGCCUAUAUUCACUCCAAACUCCAAGAAUUAUGUAUAAAAAAGAGGUAUCGUGUGGAUAUCCAAGAACAGGUUGGUCAGCUUUUGCGAGAAAAAGCCGGUGGCACAUUCCUAUGGGUACACCUUGCUUGCAAAGAAUUGGAAAAGGUAUAUUCCUAUAAUGCCGUGGCCACUUUAAACGGGCUGCCGUCUGGGCUAAAUGGAUUUUACGGUGAGAUGCUAAAAUAUCUGGACCGUUCCGGCUAUAAUAACGACGUUGAGCUAUGCUCCAAGAUAUUGUCGGCUAUGGUAGCAGCAUUUCGGCCUCUUAGCUUGCAGGAGAUGGUAACAAUCGCCGAGCUGCCUUCUGAAAUGAACGAAAUCGAUGUCGAGGUCCAAGUCAAAAGCUGCGGAUCUUUCCUGACUAUCCACAAGCGCAUUGUAUCUUUUGUCCACCAAUCGGCUAAGGAUUUUCUUGAUAACAACAUCGGUUCACGUCUCAUUAUACCCAAUGGUCUCGGAUAUCAACAUCAAGAAAUUUUUACCCGGUCCAUGCGGCAACUUGAAAAGGAAUUGAGGACGGACAUUUGUAGCCUAAAGCGCUUGGACUUUGCUGUUAAAGAUCUUAAAGCGGAGCACAGGGAUGUAAUUGAUCACCUUUGA